AUGGCGCACGACCGCGCAGCCGCUGUGACUGCAUCCACAGCGCGCUCGGGGCCGCCGCUGCUUGUGGCGCGUAACUUGCUACCCUCGUCCGCCAGCAGCAGCAGCGUCAGCGCCAGUACCACAAGCGUCAUGAGCUCAUCCUCACGAGACCGCAAGUAUGUGGGGGACGCCACCGUCACAUCGACGUCAUCCUCCACGCUGUCCACUGCGUCCUCAGUGGACGUUUCGUCCACCGCCACAACUGAAGCGGCCCGACGCGCGCGACGUCAUACGCACCACAGCCAGCCAGACCACGAUCCGAAACGUGACAGACGACGAGGAGCAUCCUCACCGCAUCGUCACCAUAGUAACAGCCAGCACAGACGUCCACGGUCGAGAGACGCCGGUCCGGGAGACUCUAUGGUAUCAGAUGCCAAUGCCGACAUUGGUCCGGAGAAAUUUGCAUCUAAAGUGCUUGCUAGGACGCAUACAAAGAGUGUGGCGUCAAUGGAGUCACCACCAGCAUCACCUGAUCAUUAUUCUUCCUCGUCAUCGGGCGGACAGGGAAGUGACAAGGAGGAGAUGGUCGGACAGGCGGAUAAACAGAGGCAGCAGGUAGCAAUGAAACCUUCGAGGAUGGUCGUUAAACGACGAGCUACAGCUCCUGCCAGCAGUAAUAGUGCACAUCGACCGUCGACAGGACCUACACCCGUGCCAUCGUCACCUGCUCGUCAGCCUUCGAGGAGUGUGGGGAAGCCAGGAACAACAAAUAGCCCACGUGUUGGAGCCGGUAGUCCGCCAGUUGGAGCAGCCAGUCCCGGACGCUCUACUAGCAGCUUGGAGAGGUGGCAAAUUCGACUGCAACGAACCGCUUCAGGUAAUUCUAGCGGCACAGAUGACGAACGUCACGGACGAGAGCCUUCAUCCUCUAGAGGGUUAUAUAGUAAUCACCGUAGUCGUCAACUCAUGGAGAGUCCACCACCGCCAGACCAGGCAGCAGCUACUAGCCGAACACGUGGAAGUGACUCCCCGUCUGUCGAUCAAGCGAGAACGCGAGCAAGAAGCACGUCAAGAGGCUCGAGACAGGCGUCACCAGGUGGAAGUGGAGGGCUACCGCCGCCCCCACCUCCAUUAUCACUUUCAACAGACGGACAGGGCUCCACUACUCCUCGGACGUUGGCUCGAAAAGUCCCACAGUUUGACGAUGAUGCUACAGAAGAAGGAGAUGAUGACUCUACGCCGAAAACUCGACCUGUUCGUAUUCGUUACGAGACUCCGGAGCGUGGUAUGGGCGGCAAACGCGAGAUUUCUCACGCUUCGCUCGGUAAACUCAUCGCGCGACUCACAGAUGCUCAUCAGUAUGAUACAGAGUUCCGUGACGUGUUCCUGCUGACGUAUCGCUCGUUCUGCUCCCCUUACGACUUUAUCAAAAAGCUGUUGAAGCGAUACACUGCGGUAUUGUCACUUUGUGGGAUUGUUGAUCCAAAGACGAUUGAAGAAACGCAGCGAUUACUGGACCAAAUCACUCUGGAAGAAGAGAACGAGCAACGUUCGUCAAACUUGACGUCAAUUUCUACUGCAAAGUCUGAUAUCAACAGUGGAAUGGAGGCCAACGUGUCGAUCAUGCGUCUACUUAGUGUACUCAAAUUCUGGAUCAAGGAGAGUGGCUUUAUUGACCAAGACCUCAUGAAUGAUCGGAAAGCGCAGAAGAAACUUAUGGCAUUCUUGAGUGAAAUUCAGAACACGUCGCCCAUCCCAUCGAUUCGUCGACACGCUGAGAAUUUGCUGCGGACAGUGGCCCAGUUGCUCUCAGUGCAGAAGCAAGCGCAACAAGCUCAAGCUCAAGCGCAGACGAAAGCUCAAUCGCAAAGAGGACCUGCUAAAGUUCCUCCUCCCCCCGCACUCGUGACCUCUUCAUCGACGUCAGCUGUACCGGAUUUUUCGAGACCAGGUGGUGACGUCGUUCAAGACCCUCAAAGCGCUGUAGCUCUAGCCAUGGCACACCAGCUGAGUGACCGCGGAGCGUCACAUGUGCGGAUGCGCGCCCAAGCAGCCACGAAACUGUCUUUACCACGAUCCUCUUCAGACCCCAAACGUGAACGAUCCAUGGUUAAACUUCGCACGAAGAACUCGAAUGGUGACAUUUUCCAGCUCCGCAGUCGGUCGAUUCCUACCGGAGCAGAUGAUCAAGCCGUAGCAGCGGCAGCGACGAGAGAUCGGAUGCUACGCAAUGGCGCGCAACACGUUGCUGUGCCUAGUGCUGCUGCUGUGGCUCCAAAAAUCGCGCGAGGAAUCACCACUGGUAGUGCUGAGGCUGCCAUCAAAGCUAAUGCCAAUGACACUGGCGCAGGAGGCUUCGAUGAGAUUAUCCAGGAUACAUUGCAACGUGCACGACUCACAGCGGCAUCUCGCAAGAGUGCGCGGAUCAGCUAUGACAACGUGGAGCCUUUGUCUGGACUUUCAGCGCAGGAGCUGGCUGACCAACUUACGCUCAUGGAGGCUGACCAAUACUUCUCCAAGUUGAACCCGCGUGAGCUGACUAACAAGGCGUGGACACGGGAGAAUAAACACCGAGAGGCUCCGCAUGUCAUGGCGUUGAUCGAGCUCUUCGAUGCGACUGCGGAGUGGGUGUCUAGUGAGAUUCUGCACCCGCAACUACAGGCUGUGGAACGUGCCAAGAUGAUCACGCUGUUCAUUGAUGCAGCGGAUAAUUGCUACCAGAUGAACAACUUCAACACGCUCUUUGAGAUCACGACAGGACUCUCAGCGCCGUGUAUCCGACAGCUGAACACAACGUGGAGUCUGGUGACUGCAGCAGCGCUGGAGAAGUACCAGUGUCUCCAGCAGGUAUGCUCGCCCGAUGACAACUACCGCAGUUACCGUCAAGCGUUUGCAUUGGCGGAAGGACAGCCGCGUCUGUCAUGUUGGUUCAUCCUAGUCAAGGAUUUGUUUACGUAUGAGGAGGCGAUGAAGUCAAUGGAAGACGGACUGGUGAACUGGCAGAAGUUCCGUCGAAUCUACCGAGUUAUCAGCGAGUCCUUGGACCGACAGAAUUUCAAUUAUGUGCCACCUAAUGCUGGGACAAGUGCUGGAAGCAACGGUGCUAGUACGGGUGGAGUAUCGAGAAAGGGGCGAGGUAUUUUACGGCACGACAGGAAGAACCAGAUCCACAUUCGGCAUCGGAUCGACACUAUCAGGAAAGACAGCUCGGUGCUGUAUCUGCUGGCACGCAACGCCAACACACAAGAGAGUAUUCUGUUCGUAAACAGUCUGUCGGAAGCGGGUUUCCUGUAA